AAUCAACAAUAUCACCAUGGGCUUUUUAGAAGAAGAUCUCCUUUAUCCUAAUGCCAAGCAACAAGCUACUCAACAUAAGUUGAAGAGAUUGAUCCCAACUCCAAACUCUUUCUUCAUGGAUGUUAAGUGUCCAGGUUGUUAUAAGAUCACCACUGUUUUCUCCCAUGCUAAGAGAGUCGUUUUGUGUGGUACUUGUUCAACUGUCUUGUGCCAACCAACCGGUGGUAAGGCCCGUUUGACUGAAGGUUGCUCUUUCAGAGUUAAGACUGAUUAAAUUUAACCAAUAAAUCAUAUUAAAAUUC